AUGGUUAGGUGGGUUUCUUUGUAUGAUGCAGAUACAUGCUUUGUUGAUCUAUCUCAAAGCCUUUCUCAAGAGGCCAGCACUCUUGGUGAACAUAUGAAGGCUGCUUUUGGAUUGUCAUGGAAAGAAGUGCUUUCUGAAAAGCAGGUCCUAGAAGGAAAUAUUGAACCAGGAAAUCCAGCACUUCUCGUGAUUAGCUUAUCUGCCUUAAGAUCGUUGGAACUCCUCAGAGGUUUGCGGCCUUUGACCGGAGAAUGCCAUGCUGCAAAGCUUUUCUCUAAACAUAUGAAGGUUGAGGAUCAGGUGGCAUUUUUGAAGAAUCGUGUUAAUAUUGCUAGUGGCACACCAAGCAGGAUCAAGAAGUUAAUUGAUGUUGAGGCACUGGGACUAUCACGAUUAGCAGUUAUCGUGCUCGACAUGCAUGCAGAUGUUAAAGGCUAUUCAUUGUUCACACUUCCUCAAAUCAGAGAUGAAUUUUGGGACUUGUAUAAGAGCUAUUUUCACCCGCGACUACUACAAGGUGAUCUUCGUAUAUGUCUCUAUGGUCCAGUACCGGGCACUUCUGAGGCCACCGAAGAAACUAAUGACAACUGA